AUGGUAGGUGUUACUCGACUCUAUUGGAAUACGACGGGUACUCUAGUUGUAACCGGCCUCGCUGGUGCAAGCGGUGUUUACAUUAAAAAUGAUGUUCUAUACAUUUCCGAUUUUAUAAACAAUACAAUUGUAAAAACGACCUCACCAUUAACCUCCUCCUUCGCGUAUUCAAUUGUGGUGAUUAUAACCGGUAUCUCUUUUCCUUAUCCGCCAAUUAUUGACUCCUUGCAACAGUACAUGUACAUACCAGAUCAAGGACAAGAUCGGGUCUUAAAAAUGUCGACAGCAGCAACAUCGACUACCAACUAUCAAAUUCUUGCUGGUGUUACUGGAUCACCCAGUAUUAGUCUGAAUGCACUCUAUGGUCCAUGCUAUUUAGCUUUUGAUUCAACAGAAAGUAAUAUAUAUGUAUCAGAUUACGGGAAUUCGCGUAUACUACAGUUCUCUGUUACUUCAACGAGUGGUACAGCUGGUACAUUGGUAGCUGGUAAUUCUGGUAGUGGAGGUAAUUCGGCAACGCAGCUGUAUGACAAUAUUGGUAUUUACUAUGAUUCAAUAUCAAAUUUUCUUUAUGUAAGUAACUUCGCUGGCCAUACAGUUAGUAGAUGGACACCGGGAGCUACGACGGGAACAUUUGUCAUUGGUACACCAGGUAUACCGGGUGCCGGUUCGACUUAUCUCCACAACUCGAUAAUGGUAACAAUGGAUCGUUACCGCAACCUCUAUGUAGCAGAUGCUUCUAAUUCACGAGUUAUGUUGUACUGUCAAGGUACUUUCGACGGAGUGACCAGUAGCAGUGGUAUACCGAUACUUAAUUUUACCUAUUCACCGAUGGGUAUUGCAUUUGAUUCACUGAUGAAUAUUUAUGUGGCAGAUUAUACAUACGGCGUUUGGAAAUAUUUGAAACUGUAA